AGAGAGCAAAUCAACAAGUUGAAACAAAACGCACAAAGAGAACCAAGAUGGCCCCAGCACGAAAAUCGCCCAAUACACCUACCAGCCCCUCCAAUUUAUAAGUGCCCCCGCUAGGUGGAAGACGUCCAAUACGCAUCCAAGGCACUAGGCAGCACCAACUUUCCUAGCUAAUUUGCAAAUCGCGUGGAAGAGGGAGAAAGAGAGAUCAGCGACCGAGCAUGGACAAGAGGGCGUCGUCCACCUCCUUGCUCGUGCUCAUCAGCAUCCUACUCGCUCUGGCAGACCCCGUCGCAGCGGGGAUGAAGGCCACGUUCGCGGCGGGGGUGGGCGUCGCCGCCGACACGGCGGUGCUGCGGCAUCUGAUGACGACGAGGCUGGAGGACGGCGUGGCGCCGGAGCUCACGGUGGAUGUGGAGCUUCACCGCCGCGUCCUGGCCGGCGGCUUCGUGAAAUCAAACGUGCUGAAUCCAGACAAGGCGGCCUGCAUAAAGUCGUGCCCAGCGCGCGGGCGGCCGUACACCGGCCGGGGCUGCAGUAACAUAUACCAGUGCCCCCACUGAGCUAGCAGCUCCACAAGUGAUUGCUCUGCCCACGGGUACUACACGCAUGCGUGAUUGUUGAUCGGUUGUGUUGUGCAUUUGCUGGUUGGUUCGACCAUCGAGAUCUUGGUUGCUAGCUAGUAGCAUGUCUUGAAAUAAUUAUGGGAUUAUUUACUUGAUUGUGUCAGCUAAUUGAUUCUGUUAUUGAAGUAUAUGGCAUCUUGCGAAGACCUUGCAAAGCUGAUAUAUAAACUGAAUGAUUUCUCUUGCUUCUU